AUGAAUUCAGAUUCAAGCACAGCCGAGUAUUUUGCGUCUGCUGCUACAGCUAAGACAAUUUCUACUGCCCUUUCAAAUGUGACAAUGUCCACCAGCGCCAUACAUGUGGAUGACUUUGCAAGUGCUCAUAAAGGCAUCGCUCCUGCAAUUCAUGUAGCAGUCAACUAUCGCUAUGACCGAGAUCCAGCAAAUUUAGUGCCAGGAGAAAACAGAGAUCCUCACAACCCCGAGAAUUCGUUCGUGUAUUCCCGCUACUCGGCACCCAACAGCUCCCGAUUCGAAAUGGUUCUCAAAGAGAUAUUCGGUGGUAAAGUCAUGACAUACUCAACCGGACUAGCCGCAUUUCACGCAAUCAUGGUGUUACUCAAUCCAAAACGAGUAUUCAUCGAUGACGGCUACCACGGCGUCCACGCAAAAAUUGACCUGAUGACCAAACUCACUGGUGUGAAGAAGUACAAUCUCGAUCAGCUUGAGUAUCUUGCUGCAGGAGACGUGAUUCAUAUCGAAACACCCGCCCACGAAGCCGGUGCAUACCUUAAUGUAGAUGCGACUUUCGGUCCACCACCCUUGCAAGACCCGUUACAUCUGGGAGCUGAUAUUGUCAUGCACAGUGGGACGAAGUACAUUGGGGGACAUUCGGAUAUGAUGUGUGGUAUUCUUGUUGUUCAUUCCAUGCGUGUCGAUCGGGGGUGGUAUAAGACUCUUUACUCUCAGAGAAUGGUUAUGGGGAAUGUGAUGGGGAAUCUUGAGGGGUGGUUGGGCCUUCGAUCUCUUCGGACACUUGAAAUUCGCGUGAAGAGGCAGUCGGAUACGGCUAAGACUCUGGUGGAAUGGAUUCAUCGUGAGUUGCAGAACCCUGAUUCGGAUAUUAGCCGAGUUGUUGAAUCGAUAAAAACAUGCAUCGUUGCAGGAGGUGGAUAUCAAAGAGGGGUGGCUGAUACAUCAAAUGCCUAA